AGGGUAAACUCUUGGUUGUUUGUAACCUUUCAGGGACUUCCUGCGAGAACAUGAGAUACGUUUCCUCGGUCUCUCGCUGACACCUGCCUGCAAGUUCGACCGCUUCAAGGAACCAGCCUGUGCAGAAUUCAAGUCCGAUCUUAUGGUGACAGGGGAGGCUACUGAGAGGCAGGUGACGGAGGCUCUGAGACGCUACACGACACGGGCUCUGUACAUGCAGAAGUCACUGUACACGCUGUUCAGUCUCACUCAGGAAAUGGUAGUGCCCAGGGAAGACAUUAUAAGGCUGGUUCUACCGGCCAUGAAGCUGCAUCCCCGUCAGCUGGGAGUCCAGAUGGCGGCCACGGCUUGCCUGUACAAUCUGUCCAAGGCCGAGCUAGGCCAGAAGAUACACCCAAAAUGUCUCAAGGAAAUCAUCGUACUCACGCUGAAGGCGAUGGAGAACUUCCCCAACCACCAGCAGCUGCAGAAGAACGCCCUUCUCACGCUGUGCAGUGACCGCAUGCUACAGGACGUCCAGUUUGACCAGUUUCGGUGCGCCCAACUCGUGAUGGAUUGCCUGUGUCUGUUUGACGAUCCGUCCAUGAACAGAAUGUCUGUAGCAAUCUGCUCCAUCCUGGCCGCUAAGAUAUCCACUCAGAAGACCUCACAAUUGGGCGCCAAGACCCGUUACAUGAAGAAGAUGUUGCAGCUGGUACGGCAGAAGAUUGAGAACAAUCAUGUCGAUAUCACUCUAAAGUUUACACUCAGCGCUUUAUGGAAUCUCACAGAUGAGUCCCCAGCCACUUGCAAUGUGUUUCUGAAGGAAGGGGGCCUGGAUUUAUUCAUGAGCACCCUUCAGAUGGUUGAUGGAAUGGACACAGACACAAGAGUGCAGGUUGAGACCAAAGUGCUUGGUUUACUGAAUAACAUUGCGGAGGUCCAGUCGUUCCGUAACUUCUUGAUGCGGGAAGACUUCCUGAUGAUUGCUAAGAGACUACUGAAGGCUGAGCAGAUAGAUGUGAGCUACUUUGCAGCGGGCAUCGUGGCACACCUGGCCAGUGAUGGCGCCCAGUCCUGGCUCAUAGCGGGCACCGACAGAGCAGACAUACUCACAGAGCUGUACAAUGUUGUCCUGAAAUGGGAGCAACCCAAUGUCGAGAUGGUAGCGUACAGAUCCUUCAACCCCUUUAUACCCCUACUCCAGUCUUCUGAGAUGCCUGCUGUACAGCUAUGGGCAGUUUGGGCUAUACUGCAUGUCUGUACUAAGAAUGCCCAAAAGUACUGUGCAAUGUUACAAGAGGAGAAAGUGUGUCGAAUUCUGGAGCAGGUUAUAUGCGAGCCCUGUCUAGAUACAAACGUUCGCAACAUAGGCAAUCAAGUUGUCACACUCGUUCAAUCAAAUGGAAAGAAAAGUCCUUGACAAAAUUGUGUAUAAAUGAUAUGUUUUGAUAUUAGGAUACAUGUACAUUACAUAAGUGUCCAUAAUAUUGGGAUUAUAUAUUAAGUUUCUACCAAUUAAUAUAAAAGAAUUGUGCAUUUUGGUCUUACACUAAACAUGUCCUUUUGGAUUGAAACUAAGUUUGUAUUAAAAUAGAUUUUUGGUGUUUCCUUUUCUUAAGUUGAUCUUGAUAUGGGAAUUUUAUAAAAGAAUGCAAUAAUAUUUAUUUGUCACCUUGGAUGUAUUAUUGUACUUUAAUAUGCAAUAAUUUGUUUGAAAUUUUCAAAUUAGCCUUACUCUUGGAAACUGGUUCUUAAUGCAUGUGCAUGAAGUGUCAUACCAGAUUAGCCUGUGCAUGAAGUGUCAUACCAGAUUAGCCUGUGCAGGUCUCAGUGCAUGAAGUGUCAUACCAGAUUAGCCUGUGCAGGUCUCAGUGCAUGAAGUGUCAUACCAGAUUAGCCUGUGCAUGAAGUGUCAUACCAGAUUAGCCUGUGCAGGUCUCAGUGCAUGAGGUGUCAUACCAGAUUAGCCUGUGCAGGUCUCAGUGCAUGAAGUGUCAUACCAGAUUAGCCUGUGCAUGAAGUGUCAUACCAGAUUAGCCUGUGCAGGUCUCACAUGCUAAUCAGGGACUAACCUUUUGUCCUUAAUUGGGUUUUGGCUAAGAAAUAUUCCAUAAAAGCAGACAGUGUCGUGCCUGAUCUGGGGCAACACUUGGCGCACAUUAACACUUCAAAGAUCAUGGUUCAAAUGCAUGUUGUUGUAUUAAAACAAGUGUAUUCUGUAAACAGGAUGGACUGGGAACUUAAUUUGCUGUUUUGGAUAUUAAAUAGUGUAGGUCGUAUGUCGUCAAAUAUUAUAUCUUGAUGUUUUUGCAACAGAUUUCUGAUGAAUGAGUGUGGGUAUCUUGUUUACAUUUUCAAUAAUAGCCUUUGGUACACGGGCACUUGGUGUUGUUUAUUAACUGACUUAAUUUAAUUAUUUAAGAAGUUAAAUUGUGGCAUUAACAUGUACUUUCACUUAUCAGAAGGUACAGAUUGGCAUAAUUAUAUUUUAUGAAGUGAUGUUGUUAUGUCAAGUGUUUGUUUGAUAAAGCAAGUGAUUGUUAGCUGUUGUAUAUUUCAUUUCUGUCAUUUGUUUACCCUCAUUUAAGCCUACUAGUGUCGUACAUAAGUUAGUUAUAUCAAUAUUGUACUAUCACUCACUGAUGACAAAACAUUAACUAUUAUUAAAAGUGUAUUAUAAUGAUGUAUACCAAACUGUUUAGCCCAUUGUUGAUUAUAGCAAUCAAUACCCAAAAUUAUAUUUUAGUUUAUAACAAAAUUAUAGAAAAUUAUUUAAUGUAUGUUUAGUUGCACAUUGCAGAAGUAAAUUAAAAACUGUUUCCAGUU